GACAAAACAGACUUGGUAUCGCCGUAAAUUAAUACUACAAAUGUAAAAUUCUUAUUUGAUAUUUUCAAUUUUUAAUUACUCUAAAAAUGGCUUUAAAAGCUUACGAAGAUGCGUGUAUGAGAGCGGAACUAUUCGGCCAACCAAAACCAGAGCGAGAAGAUUUUUUAUCAAAACAUAAACAUUUGGAUGUAGUCGAGUUUGAGGAAGUUGAUAUAAGGACUACAGAGAAUACGGCGAUGUUAACUGAUGAUUUGAAUCAUGCAAGUGGGGGUCUCGCGGAACUGAACACAAUACUUACGUCUACACAAACCAAGCUUAAUCGUCUGAAGGGUGUCUGCGGUACUGUUACCAACUUUUUUCGUAUUAAAUUAGCUACAAAAGAUAAUUUAUCCUAUUCAAGCGAACCGAGUUAUGUUGGACAGACUAAUUAUGACAAGGAUUAUAUACCACCAAAAAGUUCGGAUGUUGGCUUUAUAAACAAAGGCCUUGGUCCUGAUGACAAUGAAAUGACGCCGCAUACGAAAAUAAUGGAGCAAAAUAGCCGCGACAUUAAUUCCGCUCUAGCGGAAUUUGAAAAGGUUGAAAACAAUUGCUUAUUAGGUAAAGCGGUUGUGCAAGAUUUUAGUAAACAAGUUUCUUCACAAAGAAGUAAGUUGGAUAAUUUGAUUCUACAGGCUGAAAGGGCUGAAUCCUCAUUAAAAAGUCAAAAUCGACAAAUGAGGACUUUUUUUCGAUAAAGAAAAGGUAUUAUGUCUAUGCCGCCAAUAUAUGCCAAAUUACAUUAAUUCAUUGUGCAAUGAUAAUUCAAUACGCUUGGUAUUACCAGCAAUAAUUAAUUUAUUUUGUUUGCAAAAUAUACGGUUGAUUAGGAUAAAUGAAGUAAUUAAAUUACGGACAUUAUUUUGCUAAAGACAUAUUAUUAUUUUCUUAAUGAG